AGAUAGAAGGAAAAGAUCAAGCGUAAGAAUCGGUAGUACUCAUAAGCCAGCCGGGAUAUAACAGGUAAAACAGGUUUGUGGGCGUCCUGAAACGUGGGCUACCUGCAUCGGUUUCUCAGAGGGGUCCUUCUUCAAACUGGCCUGCCGAUUCUUGCGGAAGAAAACGGAAGAAAGGGGAGAAACGCGGCACCUAUGCACCUGUUCGUUAAGUAACGACGAUCAACGUCUGGAAACAGCCGCUCCGUGAUUUUAUCAUCGAGGGAACUAUGACGUGUAUACGCAUGCGGCAAGAAAUUUCAAUUUUUUCCUCGCUCGACAAACUUAUUAGAGAGAAACGAUUCGGAAGAAAGAUUGUUUCGAUCUUUCGAGUUUCGAGUUUUAAGUAAACGACCAUGCAAAUUGAAAGCGAUCCGUUACAAUUAAUAUCGCAAUGAAUGAAAAGAAGUAGGCGAGUUGGACAGCUAUAAAGUAGAAAUAAGCAAAGAAAAAGUGUCGCAAAGGGCCAAACUGUCUUGAUCAUGAUUGGACAAUCGUUGGAUUUACUAUUACUAAUUUAUCACUUGCGACAUCACAGCGAAUGCUAUGACAAAUUAGAUUAAACGUAACGUAAAUUUCUACUACACGGACAAAGUUUCACGGUUUCAUGUAAAAUUGUUUAUACGAUCGAACGUACGGAUAGAACGUCGCUCGUUUUGUUAUCUAAUCGAUUAUUGUUAUGCGAGGCAGUUCAUUACACAUGGACGAUUUGCAACUUGCGACUCGUGAAAUCGCUAAUGAUAUUAAUUCGUCGAUUAAUCACCGUCGAUAAUAUCCUAAAGGUUAAAUAAAAAUUCGAGUAAUAAAGAAAAUAGAGAUUACUGUUUUUAGAGGUCGUUGGGAUAUCGACUUCUUAUAUCUUAUCGGCUUGACAGAAUUAUUUGACGUGACUACUUUUCGUCGGAUUCGGUAAUCUAACAUUUCGUCAGGUCAACAGACACCUUUUCGGCCACGAAACUCGAAAAUUCCUUCGCUUACACAAAAAUAAAUUGAAUGCUCUGUCGCCAGUUCGUUAACCCCCGGUCGGUUCUCGUUCGUGGCUUGUUUGAUACGUUCAACCGUUUUUCCGACAUGACAAAUUCGCGCACUGUACAGACACGCGGAUUGCGACAAAACGUUCGUACAGAUAUCUUAAAAAAUUGGGCUUUUUCUCGAACCCGGAACGAUCGUCAGUUUUAUGCAACUCGGAAACUAUGAACUUUCUCUUAGGAGCGCAACAUUUUUGUAAUUGAAACAUUGGUCCUAAAUCUUAAUAACACAUCUACGAUCACUAUCUGCGAUAAGUGAAUAUCUUGGUUGUACGAUUAAAUGAUAAUCUUUCUCUGCCGAUACAGCGAACAGAAGCUGUAAUUUAAAAGAGACAUUUGCGAUUUCGAUGAGAUUAACGCAUAGACGAUGCGAAUUUCACGUAAUUCGAUCGAAAAUGAAAACGGAGAGGCGAAAAGGAAAGGAAAGAAAAGAAAAGAAAAGAAAAGACGGAUAAAUCGGCAUUGAUUAGAAAAAGUGGGGUUCGACCUCGGGGAGACGUCGGAGCUGGUGGCAAAAAGGUAGGUUCGCGUCGACAGUGAGGAUCGCGAUUACGAGGAAGCUACGAGGAAGUCGGUGAAGCCCCCUCCAACGUCCUAUGGUAUUUCCCACUCGAUUACAACGCUUCGAUUAUUUCCGUUCGCGCCGUAUAACCGGCCAUCUAUUCGUCCUCGUCGGACUCGAAGGGUCGCGCGUUCCGGUGGUCCAUUUGUCUCCGUUCGUCGAACGCGUUAUACGGCGCGGCAAGUCCGGCGCAUGCGCACCGUCGCCAGUCUCUCAUGGCGCGCGCGAGAGGAGUGGGGUGUGUGGCGGCAAGCUUCCAGCGGAGAUCGCAACUUGCGGCUCAGUCGCUCGCCAGCUCCGACACUCUGCGAGUUUGUUUUGUCGCGUAGUCGUUGUCGCGCCUCUGAAAGACUCGAGUCGUGUCCGAAGUGAAAGGAAAUCCAUCCGUUUCGCGUAUCCUCCUCGAAUUCGUCUACUGCUCGCCGUAGACCUGCGGUAGACUAUUGUGGAGAAAAUAGGGUAAAAAGGACAGAAAGAAGAGAAGGGAAGAGAAGAGAAUAGAAGAGAAGAGAAGAGAAGAGAAGAGAAGAGAACGGCAGAGAGGGAGAGUGAUAUUCGAGUGGUGCCGACUGUGAUACACUUAGCCGCGUAGAUAGCUCUGUGAUAUACGCGUAUACACACAUGGAUAUUUCGAUAGCUCUGGACUUUUCUCGUACGGACACCGAAAGCCGAUAUCCGUGCACAGAUAUCUGCUGAACGUUUAAUCGUCGUUGAACGGGGAUCUCUGGUUGUGUGCGAGCAACAUAGGGGAUCCGUACGAUUAGCGGGGAUAUUGGAAUGGGUGUAUAAAUAAAUACGUAGAAGGUGCGGAAGAAAGGAGAGGGAAAGAGGGACCGGGGGACGGACGGACGGACAGACGGACGAACGAACGAACGAACGAACGAACGGAGAGAGAGAGAGAGAGAGAGAUAGAGAAAAGCAGCGGAAGAAAAGAUACACGUGCGCGUGGUCGGUGUCUCGAGGAUACCUGUGGAUGCCAGGCUGUAGUCGCGACGUAUUAGGGCGCGGAUUUCUGCCCGAUGACCGCCGAGGGGAUUCGCUUCGACUCACUAACCGAUCCACACCAUUGAUAUUACGCCGCAUCGGACGGUUUAUCGGCCAAGCCGCAAUCCAGAGAGGAGAAGAUAGAGAGAAAAACGUGUUAUGAAAUUGUUGCCGUCGAUUCAGCUGCCGCAAUUGCCACCGGUCUCGGCCGGGGGUGGAAUGACGGGGAUGGACUCUCGACUACCACCGGGUAUAUCUCUGCCUUUUAGCCCGACAGAGCUGCUCUGGCGAUACGGACCUGCCAUGAAUUUUCCACCCACUCAUCCGCCACCGAGUCCCUUUCUCGACUUCAAGACGCAUCUACCAGCUAGUUUGGCUUCGGAUCCACGGCUAUGGUCCCGGGAGGAUGUGGCGACGUUUCUGCGAUGGGCCGAGCGAGAAUUCGACCUACCCCAAUUCGACAUGGACAUGUUCCAAAUGAACGGCAAGGCGCUCUGCCUGCUGACAAAGGCGGAUUUGGGAGAGAGGUGUCCAGGCGCUGGCGACGUGUUGCACAACGUGCUGUCGAUGCUGGCCAGAGACUUUAGCCAGCUUCAAAGAUGUCUUCCCAGCAGUCCGGUGACGCCUACGAGACCCUCUGCAUAUCCCCUCAGCCCCCAUUCGCAUCCUCCUACCCCAACCUGGACGGAGAACCCGUACACGGCGAAUCUGGCCUCGUUAAUGUCGGCGAAUUCGGUGACGCUGUCCCCGGCGCCCUCGGUCGACAGUCAAGCCGGUUCGCCGGGCCACACGGAAGGUACUCAGAGUCAGGUUUACAAAAGCGACUCGGACGAGGACAAUCAACAGGCGGCGACCGGAAGCCCACCGGCCACCCCGACCGCCCUCGCAGCGCAGAGGUUAAGCGAAGUUUGCGUCAAGGAUCAGCCCAGUCCCACGUUAACGCAACCGAUGAUGCCUCUGACGCCCGGUGCCUUCAGAACGAACCCUGCCAGCGCUGCGAGAGAGUUUUUCCCCAGCGACUCCCCGGAACCCAAUACGAAUGGUAGACUUUUGUGGGAUUUUCUGCAACAACUCUUGAACGAUCCGUCGCAACGGUAUACGCACUACAUUGCGUGGAAAAGUCGGGAAACGGGGGUAUUUAAAAUCGUCGACCCGCCUGGACUUGCGAGGCUCUGGGGCAUCCAGAAGAAUCAUCUUUCGAUGAAUUACGAUAAAAUGAGUAGAGCCCUCCGAUACUAUUACCGAGUGAACAUCUUGCGAAAGGUCCAAGGAGAACGACACUGUUACCAGUUUCUGCGAAAUCCAACGGAGCUGAAGAACAUAAAGAACAUAUCUCUGCUGCGUCAGCAAAUGCGGAUAAAGUCAGAGCCGGAAGAAGAAGGCGGAAGUGGCGUCGAGCCGGAAAUCGAUAUGCCGACGGACCUCUCCAUGUCUAGUAUGAGUCAGCCAUCCAGUGAGCAACAACAACAACAACAACAGCAGCAGCAGCAGCAGCAACAGCAGCAACAACAACAACAGCAGCAGCAGCAGCAACAACCUCUGUCUCUUCACGAUCCACCCGCAAAGUAUAGAAGUCACGCGUAUAAUCUCGUGAAAACUAAUCAAGAUUCUGAAGAGAAAAAGUGACGCGAGACGUAGCACCGACCCGACUGUGCGUUUUUAACGCCAAUCGAGUCAACGGAUCUUGCACUGUAGAACGUACUCGUUACUCGAUCAAAGACAGUCGUGUUUCGAGAUGAUGCGAAAAGAUUGAUGUACUUUCUGUUAAAUACGCCAGCUAUCUUGGCAAAGUCGCUCUAGCCUUCGCUUUCGGAAUGACACACGCAUCUAGGGAUACUCGUUGCCGUACAAAGAUCGCUAGAUCGUGAUUGUUCGGCCGCUGUUCGAACGGAACCCGCGAACCAGUUAGUUGCAAACUGGCAACCGACGUGCGAUCGAUCUUUACAGAGCAAAUACACGACGAAAGACUGAUAAAUAAAAAUAUCGUGCGAGUUACCGCGUCAAGCGACGAAAAAAAUGGUGUCCAAAGCAGCAACAACGUUGCCUCGGCCAUGAUUAGCCGAUGACACGCCUCGAAUAGUAAACUGCAUCACGAUGCAUUUUAUUUCGACGUUGGCCGCAACUUCGAACAACGUCCAACCGAUUUCGAAUCGGGCUCGAGGAUGAGCAACGAACAAACAGCGGUCCAUCAAUUUCCACGCGUUUCAAAUAGAUAAUUGGCUGCGUGGAACCUUGUCAAGGACGCCAGGAGCCGAUUGUCGUGCUACAAUUGUGGAGGACGCUUCAGUGAAGCUUGAACUUUUCGCGGAUAUUCCGCCAUCCGUUUUCCAUCCUUCGUGCGAACGCACGUGUGCGAGUGUGAAACGUUUCUCGCUUCUACAACGAACUACUUUAGAAAUGCUUAUAGAGCGUUAUCGACGAACGUACAAAACGGUGUUCGGGAAACGAUCGAGCUAUUUUAUUCCAAAGUUCUUCUGUGAUGUAAACUUUAACCUGAAAGUAAAUUCUCCCGGGGUAAAAUAUGCUUUUAAGUAUAACUAGAGAUUGGAUUUAUCCAACAUUCUCUUAUUUGAACGAAGAAAUGGAAAACGAGUUGUUACGAGCAACAUCUGGAUAUUAGUUUAAAAUUAACGUAAUAAUAGCUCAAAUCAUUUAAAGAGCAUCCAAUGUUAUACGGUCCAUUUUGUAAAUAACUAAAUUGGAGAAAAUUUCCAAACUAGUUUCCCGUUGCACCGACUCAGUUGUGCCAAUCUAAUCGUCGGUAAUUACGUACAUAUACGCGUUUAGUUUAGUGUGCUGUAUAAAAGGAAACAAAAAGGGAAAAUGACGCGAUCACCGCUUCAAGAGGUCAAAACGAUACUCAAGAUCGUUUGUAUCCCUACAUCUAUAGUAGAUACUUGUACAUAAAUUGACGAGCUAUUGAGAGAAAGAAAAAAAAAAAAGUAUAAUAAACUCUAUGAAAGCAGACAAAAAUGUGCGACAUUUUUAAGGAAUUCGGGGCCAGAGUUAUAUAUAUACAUAUAUAUAUGAAUAUAAAUUUAUGUAUAAAUAAAUCUCUAUAUAUAUUAUAUAUAUAUAUAUAUAUUUUAGUACCGAAGAGAAAUUUAUAAUCGAAAUUUCUACGUUCGUUGUCGAUGCGAUUGUGACUCACAUUCCUCGCCAACGGAACCUAGACUUCAAACAAAAAAAGAAAAAAAAAAAAAGAAAAAGAGAAAAAAAGAAAAAGUAAAAAAGCUAUGUAACUAGGGACCGAAGGCGUGUGUAUGAUUAGAAAGUGGUUUUAAGAUCGUAUUUUUUACAAAAGACUCACAUACAAACGGGACAGAAAGUAUGGAAAAGUUCUUACGAGUGAAUCGAUGUACGUUUACGUACGUGUGAAUGAGCGAGCGUGUGCAAGAAAGUAAGACAAGGAAAGACAAAUAAGUCUGCAAAUAUGAAAAGUGCAUUAGCAAGCAAGAGAUUUAUAUAACUGAAGAAGAAAAAACCGUUGUAUUUCGCUAUUUGUAUACUGUGAUCUACGUGAAGUUUUUAUCAUAAAAAGAUGCAAAUGCAUAACAAA